AUGGCCGACCAGACCCCUGACUCGUGGGAGGAUGAACUCUCCCGGCAAACCGAGGGCGUCAACCUGAACCAGAACGCACAAUAUCGCCCUCAGGCUCAGGCGCCUUCCUUCCACCCCGGCGCCGCUUCCUUCCAGCCUGGUGCCGCUACUUUCGUCCCCGGUCAGUCCUUUGGCGGCGGAUAUGGCGGUUUCCCCCAGUACGGCCAGCAGUACGGCCAGCAGGCCUAUGGCCAAUACCAGGGCUAUGGCCAGCAACAAGCCUACGGCCAAUACGGUGCCUACGGUCAGCAACCCGGUGCCUACCAGCAAUACCCCGGUUUCAAUCAACAGCAGCCUGCCCAGGCUGCCCCGGCCGCUCCUCAGCAGCCCCAGGCCCCGGUGAACACCCAGCCUGCCCAACCCGCUCCCAAGCCCGCCGCUGCCCCUCCCAAGGCCAAGGUUCUGUCGAUCGGCGGUGCCAGCAACUCCCCCGCCGCUCCCAAGACGAAGGUGCUCUCCAUCGGCACCCCCUCCCCGGCUCCUUCUUCGAACACCCCCUCCUCGGGAGCCGCUACUCCUGGGGACUCCAAGGGUCCCCAGGCUGCCACCGCUGCCAACAAGGUGACCGCCAGCAAGGCGAUCGAUAAGACCGAGAAGAAGGCGGAACAGAAGGCUAGCGGCAAAUCCUCCCCUACUCCUUCGGGCCGCUCUAGCCCUGGUCGAUCGAGCCCGUCGCGAAGUGAAGCCGCCAAGGCUGCCCGUGACGCGAACGCCGUCGCGAUGGAGCAACAGGCGGAUGUGGAUGAUUCGACAUUGAAGGAAAUCUACGGUGAAAAGAAGGAGCACGUGAACAUUGUGUUCAUUGGACACGUCGACGCUGGAAAGUCUACUUUGGGUGGAUCUAUCCUCUAUGUCACCGGUAUGGUGGAUGAGCGAACUCUGGACAAGUACAGGAGGGAUGCCAAGGAAGCCGGUCGUGAGACCUGGUACCUUUCAUGGGCCCUGGAUCUUACCAACGAGGAACGUGCCAAGGGAAAGACGGUCGAGGUUGGCCGUGCUCACUUCAAGGUCGAUGUGCCGUCGCCGGAGGGAACCAUUGAGCGACACUUCUCUAUCCUGGAUGCCCCCGGACACAAGUCGUAUGUCCACCACAUGAUCGGCGGUGCUUCGCAGGCCGACGUCGGUGUGCUUGUUAUCUCGGCCCGUAAGGGUGAGUACGAGACAGGAUUCGAAAAGGGUGGUCAGACCCGUGAGCACGCUUUGCUUGCGCGCAACACGGGUGUUAAGAAGCUGGUCGUUGCUGUCAACAAGAUGGACGACCCUACUGUCGAGUGGAGCAAGGCUCGAUUCGAUGAGUGCACGGUCAAGGUGUCCAAAUUCCUUGAGGCUCUCGGCUACAAGAAGGACGACCUUACCUUCAUGCCCAUCUCCGCCCAGCGAACUCUCGGUAUCAAGGACCGUGUUUCGAAGGAGCUCGCGCCCUGGUAUGAUGGCCCCUCGCUCAUCGAAUACCUGACGGACAUGAAGAUGCCCGAGCGUAAGAUUAAUGCACCUUUCAUGAUGCCGAUCACGGCGAAGUACCGUGAUAUGGGUACGAUGUGUGAAGGCCGUAUCGAGUCCGGUGUUGUCAAGAAGAACGCCAGCUGUAUCAUGAUGCCCAACCGCACGGAGAUCCAGAUUGCGGCCCUUUACGGCGAAACUGAGGAUGAGAUCGCUACUGCUACCUGCGGUGACCAGGUGCGCAUGCGUCUCCGUGGCGUGGAAGAAGAAGAUAUUCUCCCUGGAUUCGUCCUGUGUUCGCCCAAGCGUCUGGUUCACACCGUGUCGAGCUUUGAAGCCAAGAUUCGUAUCCUUGACCUGAAGAGCAUCCUUACUGCCGGUUACAGCUGCGUUAUGCACGUGCACUCUGCCGUGGAAGAGGUUACCUUUGGCGCUCUCCUGCACAAGUGCGAGCCCGGUACUGGACGUAAGAGCAAGCGUCCUCCUCCUUUCGCCAACAAGGGCCAGACCAUCAUUGCUCGUCUCGAUGUCACUAGCACCGCCGGUGCCGUGUGCGUUGAGCGCUUUGAGGAUUACAACCAGAUGGGACGAUUUACUCUUCGUGACCAGGGACAAACUGUUGCCAUCGGCAUGGUCACCAAGCUGAUCAUGAACGAAGAUAAAUAA